AGUAAUUCUUUUGUUUUGUUUUGUUUUACUUAAUGAAAAUUUCCAAACAUAUUAAAAAUAGAGGGAAUGUACCCGCACACCCAGUAUCCCCCAGUUGACCUGACGCCCACCAUUGCUUUUGAGCCCGAGGCAGGAGAUAACCACAGAUGUCUGGUCCUGGGUAGCUCAGGCUUUCAGGGCCAUGAGUGCCUUCAUGAGCCGAAGGCCGUUGUAGGGUUCUUGGCAGGACUCAGUCGCACAGUUUCAAGGGCCUAAGUUGAAAUUCACAGAAGCUGAGCAGCAGGCGUUAUGGAGCCAGGUGUCGAGCAUGUGCAUGUUUGUUGGGUAUCAGAGAACAGAGAAGACCUCCCCCUGCCUGCUGCCCCUCCCUAUGGGGCAGUGGCACAUGCCAGUGUUCUUGAUGUCCACAUGCCUUUGCCACUCCAUUAGCAUCACUGGGCAGGAGGUACCACAGUAGUUUUUGGUGGAGGUGGGUAUCACCAGGGGUGCUUGGGUGUGAGCUCCCACACUACAGUCUGGAGGCUCACACCAUCCUUGCAUACAUGACCUGUCUGUCUUGGAUAUUCUGCCUUAUUUUGGAAUGCCAUCCUUGCCUGUGAUUUUUCACUUCUGUAAAAGCAGAACAUGGGGUUUGAAUAGGCCUUUGGUGUAACUAGCUAUGGCAAGAAUCUCUUUUGAGAUGGGCUCCUUAGGGGUACAGUGUUCUGAGCUGCUUUUGUGGCCUUUUCCAGAAGCCACAAAAUGGCUCUGGAGAUAAACAGGCUUGUGCUACAGAGCCCCAGCACUGGGCACCUGGUGCGCAGGAGCUGAGGCGCAGCCUGUGGUUAAUUGGUAAUAAUCAUGUCCCUGUGUCUGUGCGGUAGGGGCUGUUUCUCUCAUUUCAUACCCCAGUAUCCGCUGGUCAGCUGGAAUGUGUGUGGGUAAUGUAUAAAGGGAAUGUGACAUUCUGAUUUGCCUGCAACAUUUCAGUGUUGCCUAGUUGGAAGGCCAGGUUUAUGGGUCCAAAUUGUCCAUAGCACAGAAGACCAUUUAUCAGGUAAAGCCUGUAGACCCUCUUGCACACAGCUGUAACCAAAAGGACUAACAAAAGGAGCGCAGCUGAAGGUGAGUGGGUUUCCUCCAUGUGUGUUUUCUCAUGUUCUUGAAGGCAGGUCACGCUGCAGGCUCUUCCGCCCGGCUGUGACUCACGCCAGGUGCUGCAGUGCCUCCCGUACUUGGAUCUUGGUAUAUUUGAGAAGGAAUUUAUGAGCUUAGGAACUGGGGAGAAGUGGUGCAGAGGCUGCUACCUUGAGCUGCCACCUGUCAGGCAAGCUCUCCACCUGGCUGUGACCUCUGCUUCCUGGAGACACAUCCGCAGGCUUUCCUCACACAAACACGGUUUUUUCUCUCUUAUGGAUCACGGUGUUUGAAUGAUAGCUGUGAUAAUUUUCCCAACUGGCUUUGAAAGUGAAGCAAACAGACCCGUCACCAAGGAUUCUCUGCCGUGGAGGGUCAUGGAGGAACGGAAGAGGUGCUGGCGGUCACCUUGGCCCAGGGUUCGUCCCUGCUCAUCUACAGACUUGUGUGCCCAUCCAGUCCUCACUGGGUCCUCUAGGUUUAGAAAUGUUGAACACUAGUUCUUGUAAGAUUCAGCGAGUUCACCAACACUGAAAAAUAUGAACUGCUCCAGAACCUGGAAGGAGGAUUCCAUGUAGCACCCACGCUGUGCGAGUCCGUUUGUCAUCAUUGCUGAGUUCAUCUUUCGGAUUUCGAGCGCUGUCUCACACGGUUCUUUGUCUUUUUCCAGUCUGCCGUUGACAGGAUUAGCCCAGCACGAAAGGUGCCCCACCUUUGCAGGCCUCCUGCAUGUGGUGUUCCCUGCUCUGGCCUUCCCUCUUAUUGCUACCGGUCAUUCGUGGCAGAGGAAGGUGUCAUCUGUCAGUCUCUCUUUUUUUUUGGCCUCCUUGUCUUGAGAAUUGUAGUUGGGCUAGAAGGGUGCAGGGCUAAGUGGGGUGCAAAGCCCCAGGCUCCUGUCUGGCUUGUCUUGGUUUACAAGAAGCUGUGCUGGGGUCUCUGCAGGGGUGUGUGGAGGUGGAGGCUGACAGCAGGGAUGCCACACAUGCAGCGAGGCAUGGAUUUGCUUUAAAACGUCUCCAGCGUCAUCCCCUCAGAGCAGCACUGGAAAUAAACAAGCAGACGUGACGGGGGGCAGGCCCAGCAAGCGGGGGUAGCGCAGCCCUGCAGAAGCAGAAGGCUGAUGGGUGCUGGCUGUCACUGCCCUGUCAGCAAGGCCACCUCUGUCCUUGAAAACCCAGGUGUUCACUGUCUACUGUCCUACAUAAUUUUUCACCUUAAGCCUCAAAGAUUCUUGGGUGUGGGGCAGCUCACAGAAUCAACCAGAAGGCUGGAGAGCCUCCAUCUGGCCACUACCAGCACCCAGCUUUAUAACAUCCCUGUGAGAUGGACUUGUCGCCCACCCACCAUUUCCUGCAUGGCCUGUUCCUCAGUUCAUCCAGACUUCACUCAGGUGUCCAGAGGUGCCUCCUCAGCCCAAUCUAUUUUUCUUUUUUUUGAGACGGAAUCUUGCUCUUGUCCAGGCUGGAGUGCAAUGGCACCAUCUUGGCUCACCGCAACCACUGCCUCCUGGGUUCAAGCAAUUCUGCCUCAACCUCCAGAGUAGCUGGGAUUACGGGUGUUAGGCACCACGCCCAGCUAGUUUUGUAUUUUUAGUAGAGAUGGGGUUUCUCCAUGUUGAUCAGGCUGGUCUCAAACUCGACCUCCCAAAGGGUCGGGAUUACAGGUGUGAGCCACCAUGCCUGGCCAGCUCAACUUAUUUGAAGUAACACCCCUUCCCUACCACUUUCAUUUCUUCGAUUUUUGUCUACGUGCCCCCGAACAUCAGCUCCAGGAGGAAGGGAACUUUAGGUAACCAGAUGACAGAUGUCCGCUGCAGCAUGAUUUCCUUGAUAGGGAAUCACCAUCAAAGAGUGAGUGGAAGCCAACCACCAGAAAGAGGAUGCAAUUGACAGCAAUACAUUUAGCAGCACUUUUCCUGGCUGUGAGCAACGGCUGUCUGGGGUGAUAAACCUCUGCCACCAUCUUUUCACCCUACCCUACAUCAGCGAUGGUGAAAGCAUGGCCUUGCCUUUUCAGGUGCUGGUGUCUUUAAGAUCUGUUCACCUCUAGGCUCUGGGAGCAGGCCCUGCCAGGCAGUGGUUUGGGCUGCUGGAGACCUGAGGGCUGAGGGGGAGGGGCAGGGAUAAAUGUGGUUCUGAUCUGAGUUCAGGACCCUGCCUGUGGCUCUCAACCCUUGGGUUGGCGGCUGCGGCCUGGAGAAUGAACUGAGGUGUGCCUUGGUGGAGGUGAGGGUGAGGGCUCGAGGUGCAGACCCUGCCGCCUCCUGGGGAAAGGCGUGGUGGGGGGAUGCAGCAGAGCCGGGUAGGGCUGCAUGGUCAAGGCCUUCCCCUGCUGGCUUCAUCCUGGAAGCAUCGGCUGCGAAGAUGCUGGCCAGCACCAGAGUUGCCCACCUCUCCCAUGCUUGGUCCAAGGGCUCAGGAGUGGACCCAUCCCUGCCCUGAAAGAUCCAUUUUAAAAAUCGGUGACCCUGGAAUUCUGUCUUUGCACUUAGUUAAGACUUUAUCCCCACUUCUGUUUGAUCUGCACCCACCCUGUGAGGUGGGCACUGCCAUCACCCCCCAUUUUAUAGACAGAGGUCCCCAUGGCUCCCUGUUGUGUCCAAGGGAUGGGGGGCACCUCCGGGACCUCCAGAGAUUCCUCACCCAGAUCCUUCUCUGAAGCCCCAGUCAGACCGGACUGCGUUGGGAAUCCCCCACUACCCCCACGAUAACCUCAGCUGGGGCUGAGCUAGAGUGCGUUGGAUCAGCCAGGGCAGCCUUAGGCCCCCUUCCUGUGGGGCAGCAGGGAGGGACGUCAGCAGGGUGGGGCGGGCACCCGAGUGGUAUGCCCCGCCCCACCGCCCGCCCUGGUGGCCGUCUGGGGGCGACAAGUCCGGGGAGCACCAGACGGAAGCGCCUCUGGGACUGACACGUGGACUUGGGCGGUGCUGCUGGGUGGGUCUGCCAGGCUGGGAAGCAGCCCCGGGACACCGCUGUGCCCACGCUGUCUGAGCGCCCCAAGCCCUAUGCAGCCACCCCAAGAGGAGGCCCACAGGGACUCGGCCGGGGACACCCAAUGGUCCAGGCCUGAGUGCCAGGCGUGGACGGGGACGCUGCUGCUGGGCACCUGCCUGCUGUACUGCGCCCGCGCCAGCAUGCCCAUCUGCACGGUCUCCAUGAGCCAGGACUUCGGCUGGAACAAGAAGGAGGCUGGCAUUGUGCUCAGCAGCUUCUUCUGGGGCUACUGCCUGACGCAGGUUGUGGGUGGCCACCUCGGGGACCGGAUUGGGGGUGAGAAGGUCAUUUUGCUGUCAGCCUCUGCCUGGGGCUCCAUCACGGCUGUCACCCCACUGCUUGCCCACCUGGGCAGUGCCCACCUGGCCUUUAUGACCUUCUCACGCAUCCUCAUGGGCUUGCUCCAAGGUGCGGGAGAGCGAGCGAGCCUUCACCUACAGCACCGUGGGCGCUGGUUCCCAGUUUGGGACCCUGCUGACCGGGGCGGUGGGCUCCCUGCUCCUGGAAUGGUACAGCUGGCAGAGCGUCUUCUAUUUCUCUGGCAGCCUCACCUUACUUUGGGUGUGGUACGUGUACAGACCUUGUCCCAGCCUCGGGUGUCCUGGCCCCAGGCCUGCUGGUGUCCAGGCACAACAGAGUUCCCUGGAGGCGGCUCUUCCAGAAGCCUGCUGUCUGGUGAGCCCCUCAGAGCAGUGGCAGGGCUGGUGACCAUGGGGUGUGAGCCUGGCUGGAUCCGACAGGCCCUGAGGCCCAGGGCUCAGAGGGCGGCCGUCUUCUCCCAGCUGUCAGCAGCCUGCUCCUUCUUUGUGCUCCUUUCCUGGCUGCCCACCUUCUUCAAGGAGACCUUCCCAGACGCCAAGGGCUGGAUCUUCAACGUGGUGCCUUGGUUGGUGGCGAUUCCUGCCAGUGUAUUCAGCGGGUGUCUCUCUGAUCAUCUCAUCAAUCAGGGUUACAGAGCCAUCACAGUGCGGAAGCUCAUGCAGGGCAUGGGCCUUGGUCUCUCCAGUGUCUUUGCUCUGUGCCUGGGCCACACCUCGAGCUUCUCCAAGUCCGUGGUCUUUGCAUCAGCUUCCAUCUGCCUCCAGACCUUCAACCACAGUGGCAUUUCCGUGAACAUCCAGGACUUGGCCCCGUCCUGCGCUGGCUUUCUGUUUGGUGUGGCCAACACAGCUGGGGCCUUGGCAGGUGUUGUGGGCGUGUGUCUGGGCGGCUACCUGAUCGAGACCACGGGCUCGUGGACUUGCCUGUUCAACCUGGUGGCCAUCAUCAGCAACCUGGGGCUGUGCACCUUCCUGCUGUUUGGACAGGCCCAGAGGGUGGACCUGAGCCCCACCCGCGAGGACCUCUAGCUCCCAACCCUGCAGCCUCUCCCAGGACCCAGACGCCAGCAGCCCAGGAAAGAGGGGACUCAAUUUGAGGGACAUGGUCACUCCACCUCAGACGCAUGAGCAGAGAGGAACUCAAACCACUGUGGAGCCUGAGGCUCCUUGAGGAGUUCACACCCGCUGGCGGGGUUGGGGAAUGGGCCUGGGUCCAGGCCAGGCUCGCUGCUCUCUGGGCCUCAGUUCCCCCACCUGCCAGUGGGCUCGGCCCUGCCCUCCUUACAGGCUGGUGUGGCCGUUGGUGUGAGUGGGAUUAGCAUUAAUAGGCACAGCCUCAUUCCCGCUGCCAUCUGUCCUGCGUGGUCCCGGCAAGCCCCCUGCUGGGCCUUCCUGCUAAUGUGGGGCUGGUGCCAGGCUGCAGUCUCCACAAGCCCAGCCCGCUUUGCUGUGUCUCUGGUGGGCUGUCCUCCAUGGUGGGGGCCAUCCUGUGCACUACAGGAGGCUUAAAGGCAUCCCUAACCUCUACCCACCCCAUGCCAGCAGCACCUACCCUCCCUCUCCCUCCUCUUAAUCAAAUAACACCCAGAAAUGUCUCCAGACUCUGCCCAGCCUCCCCGGUAGCCAGUCUCUAGACAGCCUUAGAAUCUCAGCAGCCUGACAGAGACCUCCAGGUGCUCCAACACACAUAGCUUUCCCAGGCCUGGUGAUUCUGCUCUCCAGGGACGGUCAGCACCUUCCUGGGGGGGGGGGGGCAUGCACCCCAGAACACACAGACCCACCUUUCUGGUGUUCUUUCUACCUCCCUUUUCAUUCCCUGAAGAACUGGUGGUUUCAUGAGUUAAUGAUACAUCCUGCAAGAUGUCCAUGUGGAGAAAAAAAAAAACCCAAAAAUGUGGAAAAGCACGCGGAGCCUUAUUUAAGUAAUAACUAUUAAACUAUUCAAAAAGAA